UCGGGGCCCGGUCCACAGCCCGCGACCCCAAAAUGGCGAGGCGGGGUUCGGUCUUGGGACGCUAGCGGGGGCGGGCCGGGGACUGAGCUUCCAAGGCCUCCGCGCUCCCGGAUUCCGGCGUCUUGGCGCCCGGCUCGCCGGGCCUCGUGCUUUCCCGGCACCGGCCCCGGGGGCGCGGGAACCCGGACCUUCCUUCCUCCCCGCGGCGGCGGGAGGCGUGGCGACUUCACAGCCGAGCCCAGAAAGAGGGAAGUGGCGUCCACGGAAGCCGGAGCUGUGAGGAGGUAAUCAAGAAGCUGGUUUUCGCUCUGGAUUCGGUCAGGAGAGCCCCCGAGAGCUACCGGCCGCACGUGCCGGCUGCGUGGCGUGCCCUUGGGGAGAAGAUCCACUCAUUGGUUUUUGUACCAAGCCUGACAAGGCCUCAGUUGUCAAAGGUGGCACCAGGAGGAUGUCACAUAUAGGAGUAAAACUGUUCCUAGAGCAAAUGAUGAUGAGACAUCUGAAGGUGAAUGCAUGCUUGUACCCACACAUGGAGGCCUUGUGGGAGACUAAGGGGUCUGUGAAAGAGAGCUGCAGUCAGAGUAAGCAGUCCAGCCCACAGAUGGACAGUCUUGGUCCUGAGAGCGCUCGCCAGCACUUCCGGAGCUUCUAUUAUCAUGAAGCACCUGGACCGCUCGAGGCUGUCAGCCAACUCCAGGAAUUAUGCCAUCAGUGGCUAAGGCCAGAGAUCCACUCAAAAGAGCAGAUCUUGGAACUGCUGGUGCUAGAGCAGUUCCUGACCAUUCUGCCCAGGGAUACCCAGAACUGGGUGCAGAAGUAUCAUCCACAGAGCAUCAAAGAGGCUGUGGCCCUGGUAGACCGCUUUCAGAGAGAACCCGGUGGAAUAAGUAAUGAGGUCACAGCCCAUGAGCUGGGAAAGGAGGCAGUGCUCUUGGGAGGAACAGCAGUGGCCCCAGGCUUUAAGUGGAAGCCAGCAGAGCCCCAACCAAUGGGUGUGUUCCAGAAAGAAUGUUGGAAUACAUACCGGGUACUGCAAGAACAGCUGGGCUGGAAUACUCACAAAGAAACCCAGCCUGUAAAUGAAAGAGCUGUGCCUGCUCAACAGAUUCUAGCCUUUUCUGAGCAGAAAAGCACCCCGAGCUGGAAGAAGGGAUCUGAGCUCAUCUUGCCUGAGUCCCAGAGUUCAUUGACAUUUGAAGAUGUGGCCCUGUCUUUUUCCGAGGAAGAGUGGCAAAUGCUGGACCCUGCUCAGAAGAUCCUCUACAACAAUGUAAUGCAGGAAAACUACGAGAAUGUCAUCUCUCUAGGGCUAAAGCUCAAAAAUGACACUGGAAAUGACCAACCUAUAUCUCUUUCUACAUUAGAAAUACAAGCCUCAGGAUGUAAAGCAUUAAGAGAGGCCAGAGUGAAAGUUGCCCCGAAAACAACGGGCAAAGAAAAUCAUGGCAGUACACGCAGGGUACGGAAACGGCAUCGAGCUUUUCUAGGGAAGAAAAGAAAAAAACUGUCAACUUGUAGGCAAGAGCUUCCAAAACAUACGGAUCUUCAUGAGAAAGGCCAUGCAGGAGAGAAACCUUUUAAAUGUCAGGAAUGUGGGAAAAGCUUUCGAGUUAGCUCUGAUCUUAUUAAGCACCAGAGAAUUCACACUGAAGAGAAACCCUAUAAAUGUCAGCAGUGCGAGAAGAGGUUUAGAUGGAGUUCAGAUCUUAAUAAGCACUUACUAGCACACCAAGGGAUAAAACCAUAUAGAUGCUCCUGGUGUGGGAAAAGCUUUAGUCAUAACACAAAUCUCCACACACACCUGAGAAUUCACACAGGGGAGAAGCCCUUUAAAUGCUAUGAAUGUGGGAAAAGAUUCAUUCAGAACUCCCACCUUAUAAAACACCAGAGAACACACACAGGUGAGCAGCCUUAUACUUGUAGCAUAUGCAGGAGAAAUUUUAGCAGGCGGUCAAGCCUUCUUAGACACCAGAAACUCCACAGGAGAAGGGAAUCGUGUCCAGCGUCGUCACCAUCUAGAACCUGACCCUAGAGGUGAUGAAAGAAUACCGGGGGCCGAGGCGCCCAGUGCUGUAGGAAGCUGUCGUCAGCAGAAUGGGAGGGGCACACGCCACGCUUCACAGAAAGCAAUCUAAACUCGCUCUUUUGUUCAGCUUUGUAUCUUCAGUGCCUAGCACAAGACUGGUACAUAAUGGUUUCUUUCCAAAUAAAAGAAUAGAAUUGUUCUCAUA